AUGUCUCACCUCGAAGCCCCCCUCAAACUCGAGCACGAGAAAGAGCUCCACGAGACCGCUCUGAAGCUUGGCCAAGCAGGCAAAGGCCUCCUCGCUGCCGACGAAAGCACCGGCAGCAUCAAAAAGCGCCUCGAAAGCGUCGGCAAAGAGAACAACGAAGACAACCGCCGCGAAUGGCGGGAUGUCCUCUUCACCACACCCUCAGCCAUUGAAGAGCACAUCUCGGGUGUGAUCACCUUCGAAGACACCUUGAUGAAGCAUGACGCCACGCUCGAGUCCAAGUGGAAAGGGAAGUCGUUUGUUGAGGUGCUCAAAGCUCGGGGGAUCAUUCCGGGUAUUAAAGUCGAUAAGGGCACGAUUGCCCUUCCAAGGACCUCUCCAGAGGAGACUUCAACCCAAGGCCUCGACGGCCUUCUUGAGCGCUGCAAGGAAUACUACUCCCGCGGCGCCCGCUUCACCAAAUGGCGCUCCACAUACAUUGUGUCCUCCACAACCCCUUCCCCCAUCGCCAUCGCGGACAACGCCGAGAUCCUCGCGCGCUACGCCGCCAUUUCCCAACAAGCCGGCCUCGUCCCCAUCGUCGAGCCAGAAGUCCUCAUGACUCACGAUCAACCAAUCGAAAGAUCCCUCGAAGCGCACAUCGCCGCCUACUCCGCCAUCUUCGAACGGCUCGCGUUGCACAAAGUCGACUUCAAAGGCCUGAUUCUCAAGGCAUCGAUGGUGACGCCUGGAGAGAAGCACAGCAAAGCCUCGCCCGAAGCCGUCGCCGAAGCAACCGUGCACAUGCUCAGCAAGACCGUCCCGCCGCUCGUUCCGACGAUCGUGUUCUUGUCGGGUGGGUUCAGCGAUGCGGAUUCGAUCCAGUACCUCAAUGCUAUCAAUAAGCGGAAGCAGGAGAAUGUGAGCGCUGCGCCAUGGGCGUUGACGUUCUCGUAUGGGCGGGCGCUACAGAGUGCUGCGAUGAAGGCUUGGGCUGAGGGGAAGCUGGAAGAGAGUCAGUCCGCGUGGGCGGAUCGGGCGAAGUGGUGUAGUGAGGCUGCUGUGGGGAAGUAUGAGGGUGGAUGUCCUGCGUAG